AUGGCUUCAACGGCCACCGACACGCACACAAACGGCCAUACCAAUACCCCUGUCCACGAGCACAUCCUGCGUCCGCGCCCGAGGAAGGCGGUCCACUCGCAACUGAGCACCGUCAGCAACGUCUCUGAGACGUCUUCCACUGGCGAUGCCAGCAGUUACAGGAGCGCCCUCGCCGAGAGUGGCAUGACUAGACACAGACCUGCCUCUCCCCAUCGUGCUCCCGCUAACGUCUGCAGCGGUCGCUCCACGCCCGUCCCCGCGGAUGCGCCCCCCUCCGUCAAGUCCAUCUCCUCCGCGAAGAGGUCUGCCCGUGCCGAGCAGCGCCGUCGCAUUUUCCCGACCAUCGAGUAUGCCAGCCGCGUCUCUCACUUUGACCCCAACUCCGACUACCGCGACUUCCAUGGCUUCUUCAACCUCUUCUGGAUCGGCCUGGCCAUCAUGGCCAUCACCACAAUGCUGCGCAACAUCAAGGACACUGGCCACCCUAUGCGCGUCCAGAUCUGGUAUCUCUUCACCAUCAAGACAUGGCACCUCGCCAUUGCCGACUUUCUCAUGGUCGCCACGACCGCCGUCUCCGUGCUGAUGCACCGCGUCUUUCGCGCCGCCCCCGCCAACGGGCCCCUCACCUGGAAGACGGGCGGCAUGGCCAUCCAGAGCCUCUACCAGGUCGGCUGGCUCGCCGUCUGGGUCGCCGUGCCCUUCUGGCUCGAACCGAGAAACGCCUGCGCGGCGCUCGACAACCCCUCGGGCGCCAACCGCGACCCCGCCUACCUCUAUCCGACGUCCGAGGACCCGUUGCGCGACCAGGCGCCCAAGAGCCCCAAGCAGGCCAAGUCGUCCGAGACGCACGACGACACCGACGGCAGCCCCAAGAAGCGGACCGCCAGCAGUGGCAGCAGCGAGCUCAAGCCAGCCGAUGCUCUCCUCCGGACGGGCGGUCAUGAGAGCGACGAGGAGGUCUCGGAUCUGCGCGAGGAUCUGGCCCGGGAGCUGACCUCUCCCAUGGGCAACAUUGCCUACCCGCGCAACCUGACGUGGGCCAACUACCUCGACUACCUCCUGUGCCCGACGCUGUGCUACGAGCUCGAGUACCCGCGCACCCCGAAGCGCGACUGGACCUCGCUCAUCUCCAAGAUUGUUGCCGUCUUUGGCUGCAUCUUCCUCUUGACCAUCAUCUCGGAAGAGUUCAUCCUCCCCAUUCUCAUCGAGUCCUCGCUCCGUCUCAACCCGCCCAUGGCGCCUGGCAUCCUUCCACCGUCGGCCAACGAGCGCCUCCUCAUCCUUGCCGAGACGGUCUCCUGGCUCCUCUUCCCCUUCAUGCUCACCUUCCUCCUCGUCUUCCUCGUCAUCUUUGAGUAUGCCCUCGGCGCCUGCGCCGAGAUGACGCGCUUCGGUGACCGCCAGUUCUACAACGACUGGUGGAACUCGACCGACUGGAUGGAGUUCUCGCGCGAGUGGAACAUUCCCGUCUACUCCUUCCUGCGCCGUCACGUCUACAGCGCCUCGCGCCCGCACAUUGGCCGCAUGCGCGCUACCGUCAUCACGUUCCUCAUCUCCGCCAUCGGCCACGAGAUUGUCAUGGCCUGCAUCACCAAGAAGCUGCGCGGCUACGGCUUUGUCUGCCAGAUGCUCCAGCUGCCCAUUGUCAUGCUGCAGCGCACCAAGCUCGUGCGCGGCAAGAAGACGCUCAACAAUGUCAUGUUUUGGGUCUCCAUGGUCAUGGGGCUGAGCAUGAUCUGCUCCCUCUAUGUUCUUGUAUGA